AUGUUUUCCACCGCCACUCUCGUUCAGUUCAUUGCGCUCGCAGCGUUUGCUGCAGCGGCUCCGACCAACGGUACGAUCGCCGAGCGCGGAGCUUGCAUCGUCAACAGCGUCGCCAGCUCGAAGAGCUUGUCGGGCUGCACCACGGUGACCAUCGAGCCCUUCACUGUUCCUGCCGGUCAGACGGUGACGAUCGCGGCAGCCAAGGGCGCAGUGGUCACCAUGACUGGCGAUGUCGUCUUCUCAAAGACCAGCACUGCCGGCCCGCUUUUCAUCAUCAACACUCCGAGUGUCACCUUCAACGGCGCCGGCCACAAAAUCAAUGGAAACGGCGCCUCUUACUGGGACGGGAAGGGCACCAACGGCGGCUCCUUCAAGCCGCAUCCCUUCGUGAAGCUACAGGGCUCGGGAACGUUUGAGUCAUUCACCGUCCUCAACUCGCCUGCCCAAGCCAUCUCGGUUGGCACCAACGCGGCCAGCACAAUCAAGAGCGUCACCGUCGAUAACUCGGCAGGCGCAAGCCUAGGCCACAACACCGACGGGUUCGACAUUAGCGCGUCGGAUGUGACUGUGAGCGGCUGCACGGUCCACAACCAGGACGACUGUGUCGCUGUCAACUCUGGAAACAACAUCGCCUUCACUAACAACGUCUGCACUGGUGGACACGGAAUUUCGAUCGGGUCGAUUGCCACGGGCAAGUCGGUCACCAACUUCCGCGCCACCCACCUCAGUUACCACCGCCAACCCCCCAUAUAG